AUGGAUAAGUCGUGGAUUUGGCUUCCAAGGAAUAGCCACGAGUAUUCAGAAGGAGCAACUAAUUUUGUGAAUUCGUCCGCAAAAAGAUUGGGAAGUCUGUCUGAAAUGCUAUGCCCUUGUAGAGACUGCCGCAAUCUGAGCCAUCAGUCACUGGAUAAAAUUGUGGAGCAUUUGGUGAUUAGGGGUAUGGAUAAGAAGUAUAAGAGUUCUCGUUGGAGUAUUCAUGGAGAAAAAAGAGAUUCUGCAGAAGACAGUGUUCUUCAAUAUGAAACAGAGGCGUUUGAUUUGUUUAAGACAAUAUUCUCCAUGGACGAAGGUGGUCCAAACCCGACAACUGACAACGAAGACGAUGAAGCACCAGAGGAAAUUGAGUUUAAGAAAAAGCUCAGAGACGCUCAAACGCCAUUAUACUCGGAUUGUCUCAAGCACACAAAGGUUUCAGCUAUCAUGGGACUUUACAGAUUCAAGGUUAAAAGUGGUGUGUCGGAGAACUACUUUGAUCAGCUGUUGGUUUUACUUGAGGAUUUGCUACCUGAAGACAAUGUUCUUCCCAAGAGUUUAGCUGCAAUCAAGAAAUUUCUGAAGAUCUUUGGGUUCGGCUACGACAGUAUUCAUGCUUGCAAGAAUGAUUGCAUAUUGUAUAGGAAGGAGUAUGAGAACCUAGAAAGCUGUCCAAGAUGCAAAGUUUCAAGAUGGGAAAUGGAUAAGCACAGUAAUGAGUUAAAGGUGGGGAUUCCGGCAAAGGUCCUUAGAUAUUUUCCAAUCAAGGACAGGUUUAGGAGGAUGUUUAGAUCACAAAGGAUGGCUGAAGAUCUGCGUUGGCACUAUACCAAUGCCACUGAAGAUGGUACAAUGCGGCACCCUGUUGAUUCUAUCUCUUGGGCACAAGUGAAUGCUAAAUGGCCAGACUUUGCUGCUGAUCCACGGAAUCUUCGACUUGGGAUUUCUACAGAUGGGAUGAACCCUUUCUCCAUGCAAAGCACCAAUCACAGCACAUGGCCAGUGUUGUUAGUGAACUAUAACACGCCUCCAACCAUGUGUAUGAAGGCUGAGAAUAUAAUGCUGACUUUGUUGAUCCCUGGUCCUACUGCUCCUGGUAACAACAUUGAUGUUUACCUAGCACCACUGAUAGACGAUCUAAAGGAUUUGUGGGCUGAGGGUAUUGAAGUGUAUGACUCAUUUGCGAAGGAGAACUUUAAUCUCAGAGCCUUGCUGCUUUGGAGUAUCAGUGACUAUCCAGCCUUAGGAACACUGUCUGGAUGUAAAGUAAAGGGGAAACAAGCCUGCAAUGUAUGUGGAAAGGAUACACCUGCAAGGUGGCUUAAGUUUAGCCGCAAGUUUGUCUACAUGAGUAACAGAAGGAGACUACCGCCUGGCCAUCGUUACAGAUAUAAAAAAGCUUGGUUUGACAACACUGUGGAGGAAGGGAAUGCUAAUAGGAUACAAACAGGCGCUGAGAUAUAUGAGACACUACAAGCUUUUACGAAUGAUUUUGGUAGACCUCUAGAGAAGGAAAAAAAAAGGAAAAGACUAGAGUUGGAAGAUGAUGAGAGGUUACAAGAAGAAGAGUGUGAAGAAUCAAAUGAACUAUGGCGGUGGAAGAAGAGAUCAAUAUUCUUUGAUCUACCUUACUGGAAGGAGUUGCCUGUUCGUCACAAUAUUGAUGUUAUGCACGUAGAAAAGAAUGUGUCCGAUGCUAUAUUGUCUCUGUUGAUGCAAAGUGCGAAGUCAAAAGAUGGGUUGAAAGCAAGAAAAGACUUAGAAGAUAUUGGAAUCAGAAAGCACUUGCACACAGAGGUGAGGGGAAAGAAAACAUACUUACCUCCUGCUGCCUACUGGUUAUCGAAGAGAGAGAAGACCAUUUUCUGCCAAAGGUUAGCUAAGUUUAGAGGCCCUGAUGGUUAUUGUGGUAAUAUUGCGAAUAGUGUUUCAGUUAACCCUCCAAAUAUUGGUAGUUUAAAGUCGCAUGAUCAUCAUGUCUUAGUACAGAACUUGUUACCAGCUGCAUUAAGAGGGUUGUUACAUAGGGGUCCUAGGAUAGCCAUAAAUAGAUUAUGCAGUUACUUCAACAGGUUGUGUCAGCGCAUCAUUGACCCAGAGAAACUUAUAUCCAUGGAGACAGAGUUUGUGGAGACAAUGUGUCAGCUGGAGCGCUUCUUCCCUCCAGCCCUUUUUGAUAUCAUGUUUCACCUUCCACUACAUUUAUCAAGAGAGGCACGGUUGGGAGGACCAGUUCACUUCCGAUGGAUGUAUCCCUUCGAAAGGUACAUGAAAACACUAAAGGCUUUUGUUAAGAAUUAUGCAAGGCCAGAAGCAUGUAUGGCUGAGGCGUAUUUAGCUGGAGAAUGUGUUGCAUUUUGUUUAGAGUUCCUUAAAGAAUCAGUACCAGUUCAAGAAGCAGUUAAUCGUAAUGAAGAUGUUGAGGCUGAUAGAAUGGUGGUUGAAGGCCGACCUCUGCAGAAGGGUAUAGAGGUUACCCUGUCAGAUAAAGAUAGAGACAUUGCACAUCGAUAUGUGCUAAUGAACAUGGCAUCUUUGGAUCCCUUUCUUGAGUAA